UCUUAUGAUAGAAGCAUGGGGCGGCCGAGGGACGAGCGCGGUCGACACGGGUGGCCGGUGAGUAGGAGCGGCAAAACGGCAGCAACGACGGCAGCCGGCGGCGAGGGGAGCUUGCAGUGGUUCGUGAGCAGUGGGAAGGAGAGAAAAAUCAUGGCCGUGGAGUCUCUGCUGAAGGUAGAAGAAAGGAAAAAAGGAGAGGCAGGAAAAAAGAUAAGGAUAGGAAGGGGCGGUUGUGCGAGGCCCAUCACAUACACACGUCUUGCUCGGGGGUUGUUUUCGUGGACGUUGGGGCCAGCGUGGCGCGCGAACCGGCCGAACGUUCGGCCGGUGCCUCGGCCCCAAACGUUUACCUUCUUCUUAUGUCUGUUGGUAUCAAUUAGUUCGUCACUUCAUCAUCGGGCCAUCAGUCAUCACUACAGAUGGAGCAAGGAGGAGCAUUCAGCUGUACUUUCCACAGCCACUGAUUCCACCGCGCAGGAAUUGUCAGAAUGGAAUGCGAAAUACUGGGACAAGUUUGGGUUUGUCUUCAUGAUAUGCGCGUCCAAGAGGACCGCUCCUGAGGUACACAAAAGUGAGGCCAUGACCGAGCUAGGCGGCGGUGGACUAGAGAAUUUAUCUCUGUUAACCACCCCCCUUAAAUUCCAAUGUGUGGUUUCUGUAAUCGAUCGUGUAUUGUUAUGUUAUCCAAUGCACAGAAUUUGUCAGAAGAGGAAGCUUCCUGAUGCAGUGUACGUGGGUGUUAUGAUGCAGAUUGCGCACAAUCAAGACUUGGGGUUGUAG